AUGUCUACAAGUCCUCAACUAUCAAAUACGCAUCCGAAGGUGCUAACACCUAAUGAUAAUACUAGUGCCACUGUAAAAAUCGAAUCUCAAGAUAUAAUACCACAGCCACCUUUAACUCCGACCACUUCAGGAUUAAAAUCCCCUAAAUCUCCUGUAAUAUCCGCCCCUCAGAAUUCAUUACCUUCACCAUCCCCAGUGGCUGUAUCAUCAACCACUUCACCUAAAUCAAUACCUUCUACUUCUGAAACUUCCACAAUAGCUAACUCAAAUGGGAAUGGGAAUGGGAAUGACAAAAUAGACGAUGGCCAACAAUGUUCUAAUUGUGGUACUACUAAAACUCCUUUAUGGAGAAGAGCUCCUGAUGGAACUCUAAUAUGUAAUGCCUGUGGUUUAUAUCUUCGUUCUAAUAAUACUCAUCGACCUGUGAAUUUAAAACGUCCCCCUAAUACAAUAGCCAUUACUAAAAGUGAUGAAGGAUCUUGUAAAGGAGAUGGAAGAUGUAAUGGAACUGGAGGUUCUGCAGCCUGUAAGGGAUGUCCAGCUUAUAAUAAUCGUGUUGUUGUGGCAGGUAAAAGAGAAAGAGAAAGAGCCACCGAAGAGAAGAAACAAACUGUAUCACCAGUUAUUGCUCCUAUUAAUAAUCCUACAGCAGAAGAUCUUGCUGUUGCAUGUUUUAAUUGUGGAACUACUAUCACGCCUUUAUGGAGAAGAGAUGAUUUAGGAAAUACUAUUUGUAAUGCAUGUGGUUUAUACUAUAAAUUGCAUGGAUCCCAUAGACCAAUAAGAAUGAAAAGAAAUACAAUUAAGAGAAGAAAAAGAAAUCUACCAAAUGGAAUUAAAAAGGAUGAUGAUUCUGAUGAUUUCAGUCCACCAGCUUCACACGCCCAUUUAACUGAUGGACAUACUUCUGGAACUCCAACUCCAUCAGUAUCUUAUAAGUCAGUUUCUCCUCCAAUCUCAAGACUACCUCCACCUUUUCCAACAUAUAAUCAUCUGACUUCAUAUUUCCCUCCUUACGCUGGCGCAGGUAGAAUCCCUAAUGGUCCUGGUCCUGUUCCAGGUCCACCACCAUCUCAUAUACCAUUAGGAUAUUAUGGUUCUCAACAACAUCAACAUCAACAUCAACAUCAACAUUCCAUUCCUCCAAUCACAUCACAGCCUCAACAACAGAAUAUAAAAUUGCCUCUGUUAAGUAUAAAUGAAUCUACACCUCCUCCUCCUCCUCCACAACAACAUCAUCAUCAACAAUUGGCUCCUAUAAUAAAGAAGGAAUUAGGUACUCCUAUACCCACUAAAUUUCCAUCUAUAAUGCCUACAAGUAAACGAUCUACUUCAUCAACUCCAAUUGCUAUUGAUUUCACAUCUGCUUUUAAAUCAACAAGUACAGCUUCUACAAUAACUACAAAGGAUGAAGAUGAUUCAGAAUCUGCUCAAAAGCCCAAUAACAAUGGCAAUAUUAAUAGCAAAGAAAGCGAUAACAAUAAUAAUAAUAAUAAUAAUAAUAGCAACAACACUAACAAUGAUGAUAAUGAUGAUAAUGCUAGUAAGGAUUCAAGUAAUCUGCAAACUCCUAAAACCAGAACUCAUGCAUUAUCCAUUGGUGGUUUAUUAAAUGGUUAA